UCUCCAUCUAGAAUGAUGAAUGAUCAGAACGCACCAGCCGGAUCGCUGCAAAAUAUUUUCGAGGAUUUAGGGACACGGGAGCCGUUGACACCACUGGAAGCGCAAUCAGUAAUCGAGCACAUACAGAAGGAGAAAGGAUAUCUAGAUGAUGCCACGAUGCAAGACGUUCAAAAAAUGCCCGAUCGAAGUCGGCAACAAGUCAUGGGCGCGCUCGAGAAGAAACGCGAAAUGGAAGCAGCCUUCACCAAAAGCAUCUCCGAACAGCUUUACUCAUCCAAAUACCGCUUCCUUUACGAACUUGUCCAAAAUGCCGAUGAUUCGCGAUACGAACGCUGUCUUCAGGAGGGAAGAACCCCAUACCUUCGGUUCCGCAUCACACCCACAAAGUUCAUAUUCGAAACAAACGAAGAUGGCUUCACCAGGGCCAACGUCAACGCUAUCUGCGAAACCGGCAAAAGCUCUAAAAAAGCAUCAGCGCUUGAUCAACAGAUUGGCGAGAAAGGCUUUGGUUUCAAAUCGGUAUUCAGUGUCGCAAAGAAGGUGCGUGUACAGUCGGGAGUAUGGAGCUUUGCGUUCAAACACAAGCAAGGUGACGAUGGCCUCGGAAUGGUCACCCCCCUCGAAAUGCACCAUGAAUAUUUACCCGAGAAUGUUACCACACGGAUAACCCUCAUGCUCUCAAAAGUGGAUAGAAAAGAGCGCGACCGUCUUGAAAAAGCUGUCUCGAGUAUGCCUGAUACUACCAUCUUCUUCCUGCAGCAUUUGGAAAUGUUCGAGGUUAUCGUAAGAGAUUCUAGUUCGCUGGAAACGAGAACAGUGAUCACUAAGUCAUGCAUUUCGCACGGGAAGAUACGGCUCAUACGAACAACCGAGAGUCCCGGCGUGGACGGCAUCGAAAGUACAGAUGAGAGUACUUAUGCUGUGUUCGAUCACGUAGUGGCAGACAUGCCCAAAGACGAGCGUCGAGAAGGGAGAGCGAGUGUCAAGGUGGAGCUGGCGUUUCCACUCGACGCCAAUGACCAACCAAAGCUGUCACCACUCGGAAAGCAUGUUUUUGCUUAUCUUCCUUUGCAACGCAUACCACAAUUACAGUUUCUGAUUCAAUCCGAUUUCAUUGCGUCAGCAAGUCGCGAGACCGUCAUAGAUUGCGCUUGGAAUGAUACAAUUGUAAAGGGAACGGCUCAGUUAUUUGUCCAAGCAAUUCGUACUUUCGCUGUGGCGGGCCAUGCACUUCUAUACUCGUGGCUGGAUUUUCUUCCUGCGCAACCUAUGGAAGGCCUAUGGAAGGAUUUCUACUCGCAUAUCACAAGCAUUCUACAGGAACUUCCUGUCCUUCAAACCUGGGAGAAACGACUAUUCAAAUCUCCAAAGAAUUUGCGCAGGCUGCCGUCUUGGUUUGUCCACGACGGCCAACCUCUAUUUCGGGACCUGGAAAAUGAGAUUUAUCUGGCCCCUGAGUACAAGUGGCGACACCGCGUGCUUCUAGAGGACCUAGGCACAACAAUUCUCAGAGCUAGUGGUGCUAUCGAUAGGGUCUCGCAGGACCUUGUGGCCAUUGAUUCUUACAUCCGCACCGGCUCAACAUCAGAAGCUUGGCAUGAAGCGUGCGCAGAGUUUUUGAUGUCAGCACUUAACAAAUACACAGAAGAGGGAUUUCUUCGACGAAUCAAGCGACUCGCUAUUAUUCCUGUGGGUGAUGGAUGGACCGGAGCCCCUGGAUUUAGCCCGGGAGGUCUCAGCGACUUAUAUUUCCCGCAGACUGGCAAUGUCGAUAUUCCGGACGAUAUUGGUCUCAUGCUCGUGGAACACAAAGCCGCGUCUAAUGCUGUUCGCAGGCAAUUGUUUCAGAAGUUGGGUGUGAAGGAUUGCCCCAAAGAUACAGUUCUGGCGAAGAUAGAAGCAACUCAACGAAAUCUCGGCUCGAGCUUCAUCAAUUAUCCUUCUCACUCUAAGUAUUUAUUUCACUAUCAUUCUGAGCCAGAAUCGCUGACUAGGUGGAUGUGGGUACCUGAUACUGAUUACCUGCGGGCCGCGGAUUCGACCAUACCAUUUUUCAUGCCGGGGGGUGACGAAUUCGAUACCGAGCAACUCCUGCCGCGAAAUUGCUUUACCCAGGACGAUGCGGUGGCUCUGUUGAUCAGCCCUGAUUACACGAAUCUUGUCCCUGAUACCAUCCGACCACAAAACCUGUCCUGGAAGCAAUGGCUACAGCGUGUCACAGGGGCUCGAUACCAUCCUGCUCUUCUAAAAUCGAGUGCACGCGAUGAAGACGGGAGUAGACAGUUAUCCCCAGUGUUUGAGGCGGUUCUGGAACACAACCCUGGAAAGUUCGUGGGUUUGUUGAAAGCGCAUUGGGACGAGUACAAGUCACAGAUACCAUCCGUUAAAUGGCAGCUCAUAGAAUGCAAGGUCCCUUGUAUGUCUGGUCGGUUAGUACCACUUGGCGGUACCUAUAUCCCUACGAUCAACAUCCAAUCGAGAUUACGCGACCUGCAAGCAGAGAAUGGCUUUCCCCUGCUAAAACUACCAGCACCCAUUGACGAGUCAAAUCAAGACGGAUGGGAAUUUUUGAAGACUUUGAAAGUAGGCUACAACAUAGACAGAAACUUUUACGAAAUUGUCCUUCGACAACUAGCGGAGACCAACAAUACGACCACAGAGUGUGUUACAGACGUGUAUAACAGCAUAGCCGAACUAUCUACACUGAGUGAUAAGUUUGAACUCAGAAAAUUCUUCAAUGAAUUCGACUCAAUUUGGGUAGAGAGCGACUGGGUCAUGCCAUUCGAGUGCGUUUGGAACGGACCUGACUUUCUCACUGUCGUACAUCCUUUAGAACAUCUUUACGGUGAUCAAGAAGACGUCCCUAACCUUUUCAAAGUGCUUCUUGGAAUACGUGACUGGAACUUGGAGGAUGUUUUUGAGGAGCUAGAUGAUCAAAGAAUAUCAUCCUGGAAAAGGAAUAUUACUAACACAACCGAAGUUUACCGAUGGUUGGAAGACAAUAUUCAUGCUGAGGCACAGUGGGAAGUAAUUAGGGAAGCAUUCCAAAGUCGACCCCUCAUAAUGGGUGUCGAUGAAACUUGGCACACCAUCGAGACAUGUCUGUGGAACAGUCCGUUUUCGCUCUCAGGAUACGAAGAUCUAGGAACUUCAUAUCCCACUCUCAAGACUUUCUUCAUCAACCAUCUCAAAGUGAAGAGCGCUACACCAGCUAUGCUCAUAAGAGACCUCUGCGCGCUGACUAAAGACGCACAAUCUCAACCUCAAAUCAUUCCGGAUAUUCGUGAACGGCUGAUACAGAUCGGGGAUAUCUUAGCCAAAUUCAAAAUUGAUGAACCCAUAGUGAGUGCUCUCGACAAACUGCGGGAGACCAAAUUUCUGCCUAGGCGUACGAAUAGUGGCGAAUUGGAACUCCUCAGUGCCGGCGACGAAUUUUUUAUACUUGAUCACGAGCGGUACGGAAUCGCCUUUGCCGACAAGUCUAUUCUGUUGGACUUUGGGUUGCACGAAGUGCAGAUUCUCGAUACUGUUUUUCAACAUAUGAGAUUGACGUCGCGCUAUCUUUCGGUAGCCGUCAAUGAGUCAUCCACGGUGGGAGAGGUUCAUAUAGAAAGUGCAAACCUUACGCAUUUGUUACGAAGCAAAGCCUAUUGGCUUUACUGCUGUGCGGCUAAGUACAAGAGUACUCGAGCGCUUCAUGGAGACAUCGCUCUGUUUGAUCAACUGUCGCAAGUACGCAUCUACCAAACCGAUGAAAUUUCUACGAACUUGAUUCUCGCAUGUGGUGAAACUCAGCUGUCCAUACAAAGCGAUCGGCCAGCACUUCAUCAUGAAGUAGUCGAGGGAAGCUUGAAGAUUUUUGUCCCAGAUAGCCAGCGACAGCUGGAGUCCUGCUUCAGGCUGCAGGUGCCCAAGUUUCUUGCUACCUUCUUCGGCGUUUCUUCAGAAGCAGCACUCGCCAUAUCAGAGAUACUCCGAGCAAAAAUUUGGAGUGUGAAUGAUGUCCUGAUAGAACUGGACAUACCGAAUGUGUCUUGGAUCCAACAGCCCGAGGUAACAGACCCUCCGGAAGCGGAGACUCCGCUCGCGAGUGAAGUUGAGGAGACGACAGAAGUUUUCUCGACAAGCGCACGAUCUGCUCAUAACAGAGCCAACCGAUCCAGCCCCGAAACAAACCUUUUUCAUAAUGAAUUACCAGAUUUGAGCUUCCCAGAUGUAGAAGAUGGUCGUACUGGCACAUACGAUGGUCGGAGCCUGACUACCCAAGCGUAUCAUCGGCGCAUCGGCGCUCUCGGAGAACUCCAUGUUGUCCAGACCCUCGAUUCACUGUACCUUCCUGGCUUCACCCGCGAUGAAAACUGGCAAAGCACCCUUCGCGGUGAGGUGCGCGACCAGCCUGGAUGCGCUGAUCUGCAUAACUGGAAUGGAGUUGAGACUGCCGACAUUGUAUACACCGAUCGAGAUGGUAUCUUAACACAAUGGUUGGACAGUCAUUGUACAGGAGGGCUACCUUCAGCCCUGCAACUGGAUCGCGAUUUUGCUCUCCUCCCUAUCAAAUAUUACCUUGAAGUCAAGACCACGCCUGGCGCCUGUGAGACUCGGUUCUUUCUUAGUAGCAAGCAGUACAAGAUGAUGGAGGACCUUGCCGUACCAGAAGUGGGUACACCCUUGUCAAGCACCUUCGACGAGGUUUUCGUCAUCUUGAGGGUCUACUAUGUAUCAACCUCAAAUGUUGGCACGACUGUUUUUGUUGAUCCGUAUCGACUACGCAAUUCGCAUCUUCAAUUUGAUUUCGAUACAGUCCAUGGAACAGUUCAGAACUGCUAG